AUGACUUUUGAAUCUGAGGAAAAGGCUUAUGAGAUGUACAACACCUAUGAUGGACAGGUUGGGUUCAGUGUUAGAAAGAGCAAGACGAAGCACCGCUCAGAUGGUAGUUUAUGUCAAAAACAUCUGGUGGACAAGGAAGAUGGUCGUAUAGCAAAUUUCUUUUGGACAGAUGGUCAGUCUAUCAUGGAUUACAAAUGCUUUGGUGAUGCUGUGUCCUUCGACACCACAUUUCAAACUAACAAGUUUGAAAUGCCUUUUGCUCCAAUUCUUGGCACCAACCAUCAGAAGCAAACAAUAAUUUUUGGGUGUGCAUUUAUAUUCAAUGAGACUAUUGAAUCAUUUGUUUGGCUCUUCGAGACCUUUCUAACAGCAAUGUCUGGAAAGCACCCAAGCACAAUUUUCACAGAUCAAGACGCGGCGAUGGCAGCAGCAAUUGCUUAUGUAUUCCCAAAUACAGCCCACCGCCUUUGUUUGUGGCAUAUUGGCUUAAAUGCUGCUAAACAUCUUGGUCAUGUAAUUCAUGCGUCGGAGGACAAGUCAGAGAACGAGUCAGAUAACGAGUCAGAUAACGAGUCAGAUAACAAGUUCUGGGCAGAUUUCAAAAGAUGUAUCUACGAAGACAGGGAAGAGAUUUACUUCACACAGAAAUGGCAUGAUUUGUUGGCUAAAUACAACCUUGAGAAUAACUCAUGGAUGUCAAACCUAUAUGCUUUGAGGGCAAAGUGGGCUGUGGUAUACCGUGACUCUUUUACAGCAGACAUGAACUCGACCCAAAGGAGCGAAGGUAUGAAUAAUGUCUUCAAGAAAAGAUUUCGUAGGAAACUCGGUCUUUCAGAACUCCUUGUAGAAUGUGAGAACGUUGCAGUUAGUCUAAGGUCAAAUGAGUUGGAUGCUGAUUUUAAGUCACGUCGAAAGACCCCAGUUUCCUACAUUCCAAAUCUACCUAUGUUGAAAACUGCAGCUGAAUCAUAUACAAGGAGAAUGUAUUCGGAGUUUGAGGAAGAAUUUUAA